UCCCUAACCUUGGUUGUGGAAGGAACCGCUCUCCGUUUUCGGUGAUGGUCACGUACUUUGAAUAAAUGAGACAGAUGUGUUAAGUGCAAUAAGAACUGCUAUGAUUAGAGUGUAUAACUAGUGAUGGGGAGGUGUUGUGGAAGGGGGCGCCAGGUGGUAUAUGUACUAAGACAGAAGAUGACGGCAAGUAUGGAGUAUGUUAAAGAACGGAAGGAACAAUGUGGUAAAAAGUAAUGGUUGGAAUCUGGUGAAUAAGAAGGUGGAAAAAAUAAGUGUAAAAAGUAAGUUGUGUGCGGUGAGGCAGGAUAAGUGGAGGGAGGGCGGCCACCAAGAUGCUCCUAGCCAGCUCUGCCUCACACUGGCUGGGGCGCUGAGGACGUGGCACACCUUAUACACCACAUUACCGUACUUGUGAGAUGAAGAGAAAAAGUUUAUAACCUAAAAUUAAAGUUGAAAUAUAUAGUUUAGAAGACGAGGAUCUGAUGAACACCUGAUUAACGACAAGUGAACGAGAGUGUGGAGGAGGAAAGUGUUCAGGACAAGUGUGUGUUGGGAAAGUGGAGUCCAUAGUGGGUAACCAAAAGUGUCAACAUAUUGGAGCGAGAUGGUGUACUGUUAAGAAAGUGAUAGGUAGAGGCAAGUGCCAAGUGUGGGUGGGGGAUGAGGAGAAGGAAGAGGAGGGGGAUUGUGUUCAUAAGUGAGUGUUGGACGGGUGUGUGGUGAGGGCGGUGCAGGAGGCCACAGCCCCCGUCAUGGCUCGGGUGCUCUCCACAAGGUACCGCAACAAGGAGCAACACAGACAGAGAAUAGUGCCCUCAAGAGGAGGGUCUCCGACUCGCCACUGGGCCAAUGGAGGUAUUAACUACAAGGUGGACGACAAGCUCUCUACUCUCUCCAGGUACUGGACCAUUGAUCGAAGCUUGGCCAGGAAGAGAGAGAGAAGUGGCGGCAGCUACACACAGAUUAAGAGAAACUUACGAGAACGAGGACAACUAUUCGAGGAUAAUGAGUUUACCACUACCUCGAGGUCUCUGUUCACCAAUAAGAAACCUCAUCUUGGACCUAUCGUUUGGAUGAGACCACAUGAGAUCUGUGCAAGACCUAAAUUCAUCGCUGACGGAGCGACGAGGUUUGAUGUGGAGCAGGGAGAACUGGGCGACACAUGGCUGGUGCAGGCCGUCUCCACCCUCACCCUCACACCCAAGUUCCUCGACAGAGUGGUGCCUCCUGACCAGGCCUUCGACCACACCUACUGCGGUAUCUUCAGGUUUAGGUUCUGGCACUUCGGGGACUGGGUAGAGGUGAUUAUCGAUGACCGGCUACCCACCUUCAAAGGCCGCCUCGUCUACCUCCAUUCCACCGAUCCUUCUGAGUUUUGGGCGGCGUUGUUGGAGAAGGCGUAUGCUAAGUUGUACGGGAGUUAUGAGGCACUGCAGCAGGGGUUCACGACGAGGGCGCUGCAAGAUCUGACGGGGGGCAUCGUGCAGAGUUUUAGCCUCACCAUGCAAGACAAGUUCCUCACCUACCAGGUUCUCAACUCUGCCGUGCCUCGCUCCACCCUCCUGGUCGCCUCCAUCAACCUGGAGAAGGACACCAAGAGGAACCUGCGACUAAGGAACGGACUGGUGACGCAACAUGCCUACAGCGUCACGGGGCUAGCCAGGGUCAGGAGCAAGCUGGGUGAAACUCCUCUGGUCAGACUGAGGAACCCCUGGGGGCGUGGUGAGUGGAACGGCCCCUGGAGUGAACGGUCGUGGGAGUGGGACUCUCUGUCAGAACGGGACAAAGUGUUGCUCUCCGUCAGGGUGAAGAACGACGGAGAAUUUUGGAUGGCGUUUGAGGACUUCGCUCGUCACUUUACUCACCUGGACCUGGUACACGUUGGGCCAGAUGACUGGAUGAACGAGCCAGCUCUCCACUCUAAGAAACCGUGGCGGGCGGUGCUAGCCAGACGCCGUUGGAGAGCAGGAUAUAACGCCGGCGGAGGUCCUCAUCAUCUUGAGACGACUGCGAUGAAUCCACAGUUCCACGUGCAGAUCCCGCGGGUGGGUGUGUCCAAGUGUCACGUGGUAGUGUCGGUGACUCAGCACUAUCACACCUUCCUCUCGGCUCAAGAUAACAAGAAGCGUUACCAUCUACACCCCAUUGGCUUCGCUGUCUAUGAGAUUCCUCCUAAUGUGACUCGCCUCACCACCGCCUUUGUUAAUGAACACCGGCCAAUGGACGUGACGUCACACAGCAUGGCCAGAGAGACAGUGACGUUCUUCACUCUGCCUCCAGGGGACUACAUGGUGGUCCCUCACACAGCUCACGCCAACUCCGAUGCCAAAUUCCUCCUCCGGAUCCUUACAGACGAACAGAGCAACAUCUGGGAAGUGAACGAAGACAACAUGGUGUUUCGAUCCAUCAGCUUGGAGAGGUUGGACGAUGGUCACAAGUUGCGUGACGGGCGGGUGAUGUUACAGAAGAUGUUGCAGAAGUACCCGCCAGAGCUGGACCCUCAUCUCUUCCACAAGUUCCUCAAGACACACUGGAAACAGUUUCUGGUGGAAAAGCCGAGCCUAGAGUUAGUCAAGAGCCUCAUAAUGUUGCGAGACUUUAAUAUAAGCGGCCGGGUGUCUCUGGUGGAUGUUCCAGGACUCCUUAUUAUGCUUCAGUUUUGGAAGACGGCCUUCCUCAAGUUUGACAGGAGCCACACGGGGAAGACGUCCUCCUACCACCUGCGGCCGGCGCUGUGGGAGGCCGGAGUCACUGUCUCUAACAAGGUGCUCGAGUGUCUGGUGCUCAGGUUCGCCAAAAACCGAGUUCUUACAUCUGAGGCUUUCCUGAUGGCUCUUGUGAGGCUCCACCUGUCACAUGAGCGUUAUCACAGCAUAGACACAAAGAUGAAAGGAAACCCAUUAUCAUUAGAGGAGAUGAUUCUCAUGACGACAUACUCUUGAUACUCUUAACUGUAAUAUAGAAAUUAAAUUAUACUGGACACGGGACAUUAAGUCAGUCAGUUUACCGUGAGGAGGAAGACGUGUGGGGCGGGGGCAGGUCUGGGGGGACGAUCUCCACACCUUCACCAGCGGACAAGAAGAAGCAGGGUAACAGGAGGAUUGUUCGCUGCUGUCACGCUUAUGGAUACGACAUUUAUUUUUACUUCUAAGGAAAUAUGUUGAGGUAUAAAUACUGGGUCACAAACCUCACUGAUAAGCGCGCGGCACAGCUGGAGAACCGGUGACUGACACUUCCGAGUCGUAAUAUUUUCCACUAAGAAUUGCGAGACACUAACAUAUAAACUUUGGUACCAUGAAUUUGUGCAGACCCAGACAAAAAUAUGCUCAACUGUGUAACUCGUAACUCAGUCUGUGAGGAUAACUUUAACUCCUGAGUGAUGUACGAGGGUGUAUAGCGUCGCUUCUUUUAUCUCGGAAACAUCUUGGAAAUUUUGUUUCAUAAAGUAAGGUUGUAUAUAACAUAUAUUGUCUAUAUAGCACAUUGUCUUAUAUGUAAAUAAUAUAUUUCAUUCAUGCCUCAACAAGUAAUUAAAUAUAUUUGUCUCUUAGACGCCUCUAGUAAUGUUGUUAUUGUGUAGUGUGCUUGGUCAGUCCAGGGCUGCGGGCACACUGUUAUGUUCAGCCUGGACCUGCCUACUGCUGGCCGUGUAGGAAGUCCCUGGGCCUAGGGUGGAAGGCCAGAUCGUCAGUACCUGGACAUAAGAGAGUUGAACUGGUCCUGGUCAAUGGGUUCAGCUCUUGGUGUGUGCAGGAACCUGAUCCGUUUCGUUCAACACUCAGUUCAGUUCAGUUCAGUUCAGUACAGUGCAGUACGUCAUAAAUCUAUCCAAGGGAAUCAUUCGCCUUGUAUGAUCGCUCUCAUUGGAUAGCUUUUACCGAUGUUAGACACAUACUAUGGUGUAAUUUAGUAACAACUACAGUACGGUUUUUAGCUUCUGUUACAAGAGUUGAUCAAGUUUGAUCUUACCAUAACUUAUUGUCUAUUGCAGCCCCCCCAAAGCUUUGUUCUUGUUCAUAUCAACAAACUCUUGAAGAAAAAAUAAUCACUCAUACAUGAACCAUAUCUACUGUUUAUCUUAAUGUUAACUACUAAACUACCUCGUUAACAUUAAUCUCCUUUUUGGUAUAUUCCAUAGACUACUUUAUCAUGAGAGGUUAGGUGGUGUAGAGUCAGCACCAUAUUGCGUACUUGUUAACACGACCACUCCCCUCUCUCAAGAACCUCUCAGUACACCUUUGUCUUGAGUUGGUCGCUGGUGCUGCCAUCUCUCCUCCUCUUGUUUAGUGUAAUCAAAAAUACAUUAAUAAGCUUAACCGUUCUACUCUCACUUUUCACCAAAGAUUCUUCAGCAGUACCUUGGUAACGACCCCCAAUAGUACCUUGGUAACGACCCUAACAGUACCUUGGUAACGACCCCAACAGUACCUUGGUAACGAUCCCAACAGUACCUUGGUAAAUACCCCAACAGUACCUUAGUAACGACCCCAACAGUACCUUGGUAACGACCCCAACAGUACCUUGGUAACGACCCCCAACAGUACCUUGGUAACGACCCCCAACAGUACCUUGGUAAAUACCCCAACAGUACCUUGGUAACGACCCCCAACAGUACCUUGGUAACUACCCCAACAGUACCUUGGUAACUACCCCAACAGUACCUUGAUAACGUGACAAGUUUGUUACUGCGUCUUCACACGUAAUUAUCUUGUCCGGGUUUUCACUACAACAUUAUUACAUCUCAGUUCAUGUUGUGAGAGACAGACGCACACACAGGCACUCCUCUCAUUCUCCUUGAAGGGAUCAGGAUAUUCAUGUCAUCUUAGUCCUUUGGAAGUUAUAUAAAUAUCGAGUUUUUAAUUUAUUUGUUUAAUAUAUAUUACAAUUGAUUUCAACCUUUCAUAAAUACAAUAAUGAAUGACACCUUCCCACACCUCCACAUCUUCCCCACACCCAUACACUUCCCCACGUCUUACCACAGUUCCCCACACCCCUAUACACAGACAGACAGACUUAAAACCUUUAGAUUAGACACCCAUCGACCUAACUGGCCAAUAGGGAAGGUUUUACAAGUAUAAUAUAUAUUUUGUGUUAGUUGGUUCAGAAACUGCAAAACGUCAUUAAAUAUUUAUCAGUACAGCUAAAAAUUAAGCACAUUAUUUUAACCGCGUCGUCAAGUAGUGUUCAAUGUACGGUCAUUUUAACUAAGUGUUGAAGCUGGGGUAAAAGUAUAUGAAAAUUCACAUCUUUAUUUUAACAACUUUCGGUACUUAAUGCCAAACAAAGUCUCUCUCUACUUUAUUACUUUACAAUUUAUCACUAUGACAAAUGUUUGGUAAUCAAGUAUUAUUAUUUAAUCAACGCAUUCUUUAACUAAUGACAAACUUAAAGUACAACUCAUGUGGUAGGCUUCUGUAUGUGUGGGUAAAGCUGAGUUGAGUACCACGACUAGCAAACACUUGGUUCCAGUGUGUCGUGGAGCGGCGAGCGUAGGAGGCGGACUAAGACAGUUAAUUAACACUAGCGUCACCUGCCAGUCAAGUUAAUAACAGCUACUUCACCCUCGCAACAUGACGUUUACUAAGGCAGAAUUUCGAGUUCAUUUGUACGUAAAGUCUUAGCUAGAGUAUUAAGCUGCGUUUUUAUGACUCGUGAAACUGGGACAGAUGGUAGUUCUCUUGACGCUAUAUUGAGUCACUUGCUCUGUAGCGAUCACCUACUGUGCUUAUAGAUAUACAAUACCUGUUAUUAUUGUGGGAAUGGAACUUUGUAUCAGGUGUGUGUGUGUGUGUGUGUGUGUGUGUGUUUUGGGUGUAUGAUUAAAAAACAGUAUUGUCUUAUGCAAUAAAAGCCAAAUUGUAUUACUAAUUAUAAUCUCUUAAGUUUUCCGUAAAAGCUUAUGAAGUUUCCAUCAUAUAUUCUGUAUGACAAGGAACGUGUGAUCUGGAGAGCCAUUAUAAACUCUGACCUCACCUCACUCUUGGUCUUUAUAAACUCUGACCUCAUCUCACUCUUUGGUCUUUAUAAACUCUGACUUCACCUCACUCUUUGGUCUUUAUAAACUCUGACCUCACCUCACUCUUUGGUCUUUAUAAACUCUGACCUCACUUCACUCUUUGGUCUUUAUAAACUCUGACCUCACCUCACUCUCUGGUCUUUAUAAACUCUGACCUCACCUCACUCUCUGGUCUUUUGUUCAUACAGCCUUAGUCUUAAUCUUCUUUGUGAUGUAGACAAAGUGCAGCACAAAUAUGUGAACGACUCUUUUUAACUGUAAUAUGUACUGUUUGUAAUGAAGCUUAAGCUGCAGAAGAAAGCUUUAACAUAGAGGUGUCAAACCAAAGAAAAAGAGUAAUAUAUAAUUAUAUAUCUAUAUUGUGUGUAAAUCGUUCUUCUCUCGCCUUUAUCUGUACAGGUAAAAUAUGUACAUACUUUUGGACCGGUGUAAACAACAUGUAAAUAAAUAUUUAUCCUGGAUAA